ACGGUCAACCGUGCAAUAGAAGAAACCAUUGCCUCCCUAUCCUACCACCGCCUUGCCCCCCACCCCCAAAUUAACGUCCGCCGCGAAGGUCUUCCCCCUUCCCUGGAGUCACCAGAGCCGCCUUCUCGCCGAAGCAGGCCCGCUACCUUCAAGUGGAGAAACUCAGGCUUCCUCGCCUCCACCUCUACCUGGUUGGUGUGCAUCUGGACGCGAUUCGUUUCGUCGUCAUCGGCCGAAGCACAUUCCUUGCCCUUCCACUUGAAGCUAUAGUGAUUGGUGCGCCCAUUGUGAAUGACACUGCGGUCAUACUGCCAAGGGCGUCCCAAUAAGAGAUGGCAAACGGUCGUAGCGACCGCAUCGCAUCCCAAGAAACAUAAUGUCUUUUGAAGAUAAUGCAAUGGCUAGUCGUAUCACCUCGCCCUCAUCAAAAGCUAUGGUAUCAGAAUCAGAUCUUCGGAUAAUAAAUGUUGCAUCAAAUGUGGAUCAUUCUCAAGCAAAUAACCAGGCAAGUGCAGUCCUCGGUCCAGUGGCUAUCUUUUGGGACAUUGAGAACUGCCCUGUUCCAAGUGAUGUACGGCCAGAUGAUGUUGCUGGGAAUAUACGGAUGGCAUUACGGCUGCAUCCUGUUGUUAACGGUGCAGUUACAGUUCUCUCUGCUUAUGGAGAUUUCAAUGCUUUCCCUAGAAGACUCAGGGAGGGAUGUCAGAGAACCGGAGUCAAACUUGUCGAUGUUCCAAAUGGGCGGAAAGAUGCUGCUGAUAAGGCUAUACUGGUAGAUAUGUUUCUCUUUGCUCUGGACAAUCAUCCACCGUCAUCCAUUAUGCUUAUAUCUGGUGAUGUGGACUUCGCUCCCGCUCUCCAUAUACUUGGUCAGCGUGGAUACACCAUUGCCCUUGCGAUUCCAUCUUCAGUUACCGUCUCAUCGGCUUUGAGCAGUGCUGGGAGUUUCGUGUGGGACUGGCCUAGUCUUGCCCGUGGUGCAGGCAGUGUACCCCCCAGAUCCUUAGGGCAUCGUGCUGCUGAUCCUUUAGUCUGUCCUAACAGUGUAACACCGGGGAAAUUUCCUGACAUACAGACUGAAGAGGAGGCCAUUGUUUAUAUGGGAACUUUUAGGAAUGAAUAUGGUGGCAGAACAACCAGCAACCAGAUUAAUUGCUAUAACUCUUCACAGGUCACCGGAGAAUCAUGCAAAGCUUUCUGUACUCUGGCGGAUGGCAGUUGUGGCACCGGCACGUCAUCGAGGUCACAUCAUGUAUUAGGUGGUUUGAAUGAAGUCCCAGUGAUAGACCAAGGAUUUACAGGCGAACAAUCAUGGUGGGUUCGUCCCGGUGACCUUCAAGGCUUGAAGGGUCAACUAAUAAGGUUAUUUCAGUUAUCUGGUGGAUCUGUUCCACUUGUCCGUGUUCCUUCAGAGUAUUUAAAGCUGUUCGGAAGGCACCUGUAUGUAGCAGAAUAUGGAGCUGUAAAACUUGUUCAUCUUUUCGAAAAGCUGGCUGAGUCUUUUGUUGUCAUAGGGAAGGGUCAGAGGAAGAUGAUUUGCCUACGCAAUUCUGGUGAUAGGAACAUGAAGAAAUAUCCAAGCACACCAAUAAUUUUGAAAAAUGAAAAGAGAUUGAAUGCUACUCUCGAGGAAGGUACUAGUGAAGCAUGUCAGCAGUUGAGCAGCUCAUCAGAAGAUCUCUCAGAGGAUGAACAGAAUAUUAACCCUGACGUAGAUGGAGCAUAUGUGUUUGAUAGCCAUCUAUACAAGUGCAGAACAGAGGUCGAGGCUCUUCUUGUCUGUUACUUGUCGUGCCCUCUUCCACUCUCUCAUUUUGAGUCCCUGUAUGAGCAACGGUACAAGAAGACUCUCGACUACCAGAGCUGUGGAGUUGAUGGUCUGGAGGAACUGCUUAACAAGUUAAAAGAUGUUGUCGAAUUGAAUGUAGAUGAGAUCAGCAACAUGAAGUUCAUCAAAGCCAAGUCACCAAAAUGUAGUCCCUCAAAGCCAUGUUAAAUAGUGGUUGUCCUAAUAUCAGUAGUAUAGUCACGUGAGUACUUAGGAUUUUGUUUCCUCGCUGAGCAUGUUUGUCAAGCACUGGGCUGACGUCUAUUUUAAUCAUGUCGGUGGGAUAGGAGCAGACGUGCAGUUGCACAGCAAAUGCUUGCAAUAUUAUCUUGUUCUGCUAAUCUAAUCGAAUAUUGGUUGCUUCAUUUA